GCGGCGGCCGAGUCAACCGUUGGGUGAGCGGGAGGCGCGGACGCGGCCAGCGAGCGAGUGGCCGGGCCCCAUGUCCAGAAACGCCAUGGCAGCAUCCAGCACGCGCUGAGCCGACCGGAGUGAGGGCUAUGCUGCUGCUGGUCUCGGCGGCGCGGCGAGAUGCACAGAGCGGGGGACACGGCGGAGCGCCCGCCGCAGGGCCCGGCGCCCCCGCGCCUGCGGAGCGUGGAGGUGGCCAGGGGCCGAGCCGGGUACGGGUUCACCCUCUGCGGCCAGGCGCCGUGCGUGCUCAGCUGCGUGCUGCGGGGCAGCCCCGCUGACCUGGUGGGCCUCCGCGCCGGGGACCAGAUCCUCGCCGUCAACGACAUCAGCGUGCGGAAGGCGUCCCACGAGGACGUGGUGAAGCUGGUCGGGAAGUGCUCCGGCGUCCUGCGCAUGGUGGUGGGCGAGGGCCGCGGCCGCCGCGGGUCCGGCUCCAGCGACGAGGAGGCGGGCUUCGGCGAGGGGCGGGGCUGGCGGAAGCCCCGCCUCGACUCCAAGGCGCUGGGCAUCAACCGGGCGGAGCGGGUCGUGGCGGAGAUGCAGUCGGGCGGCAUUUUCAGCAUGAUCUUCGAGAACCCCCGCCUCCGCGCCAGCGGCGCAGAGCCCCCCAAGUCCAAACAGAGGUCCCUCUCAGAGUCGGCCGCUGCGCGACUGGACCUGGGUCCCGAAGGCGUGAGUGGCCCGCCCCCCGGCCCGCCCCCCAAGGAGGAAGCGUCCAAGGCUGCGCAGGACGACUCGGUGUUCGGCGUCGGGCCGGAGAACCCCGAGGACUUCGGGCUGGACGCCAGCAUUCUGAACGUGGCCAUGGUGGUGGGCUACCUGGGCUCCAUCGAGCUGCCCUCCGCCAGCUGCAGCCCCGAGUCCGACAGCCUCCAGGCCAUCCGCGGCUGCCUGCGGCGCCUGCGGGCCGAGCAGAAGAUCCACUCCCUGGUGGCCAUGCAGGUCAUGCACGACGGCGUGCGGCUGUGCACCGACAAGGCCGCCGUGCUGGCCGAGUACCCCGCCGAGAAGCUGGCCUUCAGCGCCGUGUGCCCGGACGACCGCAGGCUCUUCGGGCUGGUGACCAUGCAGAGCGGCGAGGACGGCGGCCUGGCGCCGGAGGACGAGGGCGCCGUGCGCACGUCCUGCCACGUGUUCAUGGUGGACCCGGACCUGUUCAGCCACAAGAUCCACCAGGGCAUCGCCCGGCGCUUCGGCUUCGAGUGCACGGCCGACCCCGACACCAACGGCUGCCUGGAGUUCCCGGCGUCCUCCCUGCCCGUCCUGCAGUUCGUCUCCGUGCUGUACCGCGACAUGGGCGAGCUGAUGGAGGGCGUGCGGGCCCGGGCCUUCGCCGACGGGGACGCCGACGCCCACCAGAACACCAGCACCAGCAGCAACAGCGACAGCGGCAUCGGGAACUUCAACCAGGAGGAGCGCAGCAGCCGGGUGCUUGUGGUCGACCUGGGCGCCGGCCCCAGCAGGCACGGCCCCAGCAGCAGCAGCAGCACCUGGGAGGGGCCGGGCGCGAGGGGCCCCCAGCCUUGGGGCGCCCCCUGGAACGGGGCCUUCGGCGGCUACGAGGCCGAGGCCGGGCCCCCGCUGGAGGCGGUCCCGCAGGCCGACAGGAGCUGGGACUUCAGCAAGCACUUGGGGCCCGCUUCUCUCGUGGAGGGCCCCCCGGCCUCCUUGCGGAGUGCGGGCCCCCCUCCGAAGAGAGGCGCCGUGGGCCCCGGCGGGGGGUUGGGCCAGCGGUGGCUCCCGGUGCACGUCCUGCAGGAGUGGCAGUGCGGACACGCCAGCGACCAGGAGUCCUGCACGGACUCCACCGACGGGUGGUCCAGCAUCAACUGCGGCACGCUGCCCCCGCCCAUGAGCAAGAUCCCCGCGGACCGCUACAGGGUGGAGGGCGGCUCCGCGCCGCCGCCGCCCAGCGCCCAGAAGAGGGACUGGUCGCGGAAGGCCUUCGGGAUGCAGACCAUCUUCGGCCCCCACCGGAACGUCAGGAAGCCCAAGGAGGACAAGAAGGGCUCAAAGUUCGGGCGGGGACUCGGGCUGGCCCAGACCGCGCAGCGCACCUCCGCGCGGAGGUCCUUCGGGAGAUCCAAGAGAUUCAGCGUCACCCGCUCCCUCGACGACCUCGAGUCCGCCACGGUGUCCGACGGCGAGCUGAGCGGCGCCGACCUGAAGGGCUGCGUGAGCAACCACAGCCUGAGCAGCAAUGCCAGCCUCCCCAGCGUGCAGAGCUGCCGGCGCCUGCGGGAGCGGAGAGUUGCCAGCUGGGCCGUGUCCUUCGAGCGUCUCCUGCAGGACCCGCUGGGUGUGCGGUACUUCUCGGAUUUUCUGAGGAAGGAGUUCAGCGAAGAGAACAUCCUCUUCUGGCAGGCCUGCGAGUGUUUCAGCCAUGUCCCCGCGCACGACAAGAAAGAGCUUUCCUACAGGGCCCGUGAGAUCUUCAGCAAGUUCCUGUGCAGCAAAGCCACCACCCCGGUCAACAUCGACAGCCAGGCCCAGCUGGCGGACGACACCCUCAGCGCCCCCCACCCCGACAUGUUCAAGGAGCAGCAGCUCCAGAUUUUCAACCUGAUGAAGUUCGAUAGCUACACGCGCUUCCUGAAGUCCCCGCUGUACCAGGAGUGCAUCCUGGCGGAGGUGGAGGGCCGCUCCCUCCCCGACUCCCAGCAGGUGCCCAGCAGCCCGACCUCCAAGCACAGCGUCAGCUCGGACCACUCCAACGUGUCCACGCCAAAAAAGCUGAGCGGGAAAUCGAGGUCGGGACGGUCCCUGAACGAGGACGCGGGGGACGAGGAUGGCGAGAGGAGGCGGAAAGGGGCGUUCUUCUCCUGGUCCAGGGCCAGGAGCACGGGGCGGUCCCAGAGGAAGAAGGACCACGGCGACCACACCAACGACGCCCCGCACGCCAACGGAGGCCUGGGCCGCAGGGAGUCGCAGGGCUCCGUGUCCUCCGCCGGGAGCCUGGACCUGUCAGAGGCCUGCAGGACCUUGGCGCCUGAGAGGGACAAGGCCACCAGGCACUGCUGUAUCCAGCUGCCCGACGGGACGUCCUGCUCCGUGCCUGUCAGGGCGGGGCUGUCCAUCAAGGAGGUGCUGUCCGGGCUCUGUGAGCGCCACGGCAUCAGCGGGGCCGCCGUGGACCUCUUCCUGGUGGGCGGGGACAAGCCUCUGGUGCUGCAGCAGGACAGCAGCAUCUUGGCGUCCAGGGACCUGCGCCUGGAGAAGCGCACCUUGUUCCGGCUGGAUCUGGUUCCCAUUAACCGGUCGGUGGGGCUCAAGGCCAAGCCCACCAAGCCCGUCACGGAGGUGCUUCGGCCCGUGGUGGCCAAGUACGGCCUGCACCUGAAUGAGCUCGUGGCCAGGCUGAACGGGGAGAGAGAGCCGCUGGACCUCGGCGCCCCCAUAUCGAGUCUGGACGGACAGCGCGUGGUCUUGGAGGAGAAGGACCCCUCCAGGGGGAGAGAUAAACAGAAAGGCACGCCCGUCAGGCAGAGCACCGUGGGGACCUCCGGCUCCAGAAAUUUCUCGGCUACGGGAGAGGAGAGGACGCUAGGCAAGUCUAACUCUAUUAAAAUAAAAGGAGAAAAUGGAAAAAAUGCUAGGGAUCCCCGGCUUUCAAAGAGAGAAGAAUCUAUUGCAAAGAUUGGGAAAAAAAAAUAUCAGAAAAUUAAUUUGGACGAAGCGGAGGCAUUCUUCGAGCUCAUUUCCAAAGCCCAGAGCAGCCGAGCAGACGACCAGCGCGGGCUGCUGAGGAAGGAAGACCUGGUGCUGCCCGAGUUCCUGCGCUUGCCUCCGGGCGCCGCGGCCAGCCCCGGCCCGGAGACCGGGCCCCGGCCCCGAGAGCCGAGGGGGCCUGCCCACGACCACCCCGACAGUCCGGCGACCAGCCCCAGCUCAGCCAACAGCCCUCCCUCCUGUACCCCCACAACCCCGACCACCCCUGCCACCCCCGAGACCCCCACGACCCCCACAGCCUACGCGCGGGACGUGGAGACCGGGGACGUCCAGACUGUGGAGGGCGAGCACGUGGCCGACCUGACGCUCACGGGGGAGGGGGACAUCAGCAGCCCCAACAGCACUUUGCUGCCGCCGCCCCCCGCCCGGCAGGACGCGGCCGGGCCUCCCAGACCAGGAGGCGGGGCCCAUGGCAGCCGAGGCCUCCCCGUCAGCACUAUCAUCGACGUGGACCUGGUCACCGGCUCAGCGCCCGGGCCGGGCCGCAGGCUCCCGGGGGUGCGGGUGGGCCCCCGGAGGUCCGAGCUCCCCGGCCGGAGCCCCGGGCCGGGCCGGCCCACCAAGCCCAAGGCCAGCCCACACCACGCGACCUUUGUCUGAGACCCCGCCAGCGGACCCCUCGUGCCUCCCGCCCCGGCACCUGAGCUGCCCGCCUGCACCCGAGAGUGAAGGCCCAAGACCUCGGGGUGGGGGGGGCAGCCCGAACCUGUCUUCGGGGCCCUGGGAGCCAAACCGGGAGAGGGCGGGGGGCGUGGCCACAGACGGGGCUGGCUCAGGGGGCUCCUCUGACCGCCCCCCCCCACUGCUGCCCUGGCACCCGGCCUCCCCUC